AUGAGGAAUUACUUUCAACUCUUGUUUGCUAUUUUAACUAUCUUCAUCAUUUGUAUAUCAGUAUCUGAAGCAUGGGAGAAUCAACGACCAAAUGGACAAUGUUCAUUGCCUAUAGCAGUAGGAGCCAAUGGGAAAUGUGUUUCUAAAGAUUGUGAUUCUUCUUGUCACAAGAAGUACAAAGGAACAGGUAGAUGUCAAGGAAACAAUUUUAACCAGUGUAUGUGCUUUGUUUGCAGACGCCCACGCAGACCACCACGCCUUUGA